AUGUGAGUGUGGAAAGCAGCUUGGGAAUCCCAACACUGCGUAAUGUAAUGUCGAGUCCUUAACAUUUAUACUUCCUUGGGAUUGCUAUGUUUCACCACUCAGUCAAGGCUUUGCAGUUUACCAAGCCUUCUUUAUUUCACAAAGGCCAGUAAAGCAGUCGGGAGUGACAAGGAAGACAAAGAAUCAACUAAUUCACAAAAAAAAAAAGAAAAAUAGCACAGGGAUCCAGUUUGAUGCCGGCAACAAUGUGUUGUCAUGAUUUGUUGAUGAGGAAUGCCAUGCUUUCUGCCUACACCCCAAUGACUACCUGCGGCUCGGCUGUUGAUGCGGGAGGUGCUGUAGGGCCCUACUGCCUAACACUUGCUGACGAGGACAUCCUUGCAAAGAAUGAGAUCGUGGAUCCUAGCAUCGGCCUCCAGAAAAGGAAGGAAUGGCUGCUUUUGACUACACCUGAGGGAGAAAGACUUAACGUUCAUAACGUCAUAUUCAAGUUCGGUACGGUGAACAAACACGGAAACUACGUUAGGAAGCGACCAAUUUAUUUUAGCCACAGCAAUCUAAUUUCAAACACCCCGCACACGUUGCUGAGAGGUCAUCCUAGUUCAGUGGGACCACAUCCGGACGCUGCGAGAGUGCAAAGGAAGAGGACCUAUUAA